AUGAUGCCCAUGAAAUCCUCUGAUGUUGCACAUGGUUAUAGGAAAUCAAAAAAUUCAAACUGGGACCAAACGUAUGCCAUCAGAAGGAUAAGAGACGCCUUCAGAGAAAACAAGAAUAUAAAAGAUUCUGAAAAAAUAGAAGAGCUAGUGAAUAAAGCAAAAGCAAACCUAGAGAUUAUCCAUCGGCAGGUUACUAUUGGCCAACUGUAUUCCACGCAGAAAUUGGUUAUUGAGAGUCCGGGAAACACAUAGCUAUGAGAAGACACUGAUCCUGAAGCAACACUGGACCAUCUUCAGCAUCCUACAGUGCCACAUAUAGAUGCAUAAACUCACUGCACAUGUCAGAGCUUUUCUGUUCAGCAGAAGAAACAUCUGAGAGACUCAUUUUUUGGCAACCAAAGUACUCUAUUUUCUAAUAGUUCACACAUUCUAAAAAUACAUUGCUGUGAUUUACAGUAGCAUGUAGGGUAAUCCUAAAAUCUGUUUGCUUGUAUGUCCCAUGUGAUGAAAUAGCUCCUGCCCUAAUUUGACAAUAAAACUUCAUUAAGUAACUGCGUGUAACCAGAUGCAUUCUUCUGCAGCUGACCGCCUCUCUCACUGAGCACAAGAGGUAUUAGGUUUAAAACCCCUCACUCAGUUACUAAAAAAAGUAACUUCUUACUGAUCCUGUUUGAUUUAAACACACCCAGCCCCAGGGCAUUUGAAUUAAAUGACUUGAUGCGUAACACACUUGAGUGCAGGUAUGUUUUCAAUACUAAAACCAUGUGAGAUUAUUAUUUCUCAUCUCCAGAACCGUGAUACUUAAAAUAUCAGAAGCUACAUUGUGUGGUUUCUUUUAAAGAGCAUUCCUUGACAUUUCAGGAGGUAACAUAAAAAAUUCACUAGUUCUUUCUUUUAGUUUGCAAGAGGUAAUAACCAGUUUCACCCUAUUUUUAACAACGAAUAAGUCAUUAGCAGAAUAUAAAACUUGUAUCUCUGAAGCGUGAGAGAUUUAAAAUAUUUUUGCCACUGAGUCCUUUCCAAAACUUGUUGAAGUGCAGCUAUUAGCAGACCAUAACAAAUCAUUUUAUGCGAGACUUCCCUUUUUCACAAAGCUCCUGAAUUUUGCAGGAGAUAAAUAUUUCUAACUGUGAAAAUAACUCAAGUGCUGUGAACUUGAAUUAACUGGAAACAUGCUUUACCCAGCAGAAGUGGAACACUCAAUAUAGCUCUUUAGUUGCUAUAGUUGUAAAUCUGUAGAAUAAACAACACUUUUAAGACAAUGGUUUUUUUAAAAAAGGCAAAAUUUUAAUCAGGUUUUACUCAAGUCAGUGCGGUAUUUGUGUUUUAAGUUACAAAUUGGCAGGAAAAAAAAUCAAUGCAACCCUUCUGUAAGUGUACAGCAAGAGGGUUUGGGGUUUUUUUUUGUUUUGUUUUGUUUUGUUUUUUUUUAAAGAAAAGAGACAAACCCCAAAGCUAGUGCCGUGACAUAGUGGUCUUUAAAAACGUCCCUUUCUUCUUGUUUCCCAAAAUUGGUCUUCAUUUAGUCCCUCUGUUUUUUGUUUGUGCUCUGUGAUAACAUUAUUAAAGCAGAGGAUAGAAGAAGUGUCUAACUUAUGACUGGAAAUUCAUUCUUCUCGUAUUUAAGUGAUUUAUAUAAUUUUGUACAGUCACCUUAAAAUGUUAAUGCAUUCCAUUAAUGAUAUGAAGGGUGUACAGAAUAAGGUACUGUGACUACCUGAGACUACAAAACAGACUCCAUUCUCACUUUCAAAUAAAAAGCAAAUACAGUAAUAAUUCUCCUAGUAUUAGGUAUAUAAAUAUUGCAAUGUAAGUUAUUUUAGUGCCUAUCUUAAUAAAAUGGAAUUUAAUUAUUUUAAUAGGUAAAAUACUUGAGGUUCUGGUUUAAAAAGCCCCACAUUCACAACUGGAUAAUUAAGUGCACUUAAGUUUAUGGUGAAAGCAUGGAGGAAGAAAGGUAUAUUAUUUGGUAGAAAGUAAUUAUUAUUUUCAGUGGAAUCAAAGAAAUGUAAUAACAUCUUAACAUUUUAGAGUACACAGUCAUGGAAGGCCUGCCAGUUUUACACUCUAAGGAACUUUGUCUCCGUAGAACAGUACAUACAAAUUCCUUAUUUAAACAGCUUAAUUACUGGAACAAGCACUGCAUACCAAUUCAGGAGCUGAGAAUGUAUGCUAAGAAACAAAAUAAACAUCCUUAUAAAUAGCAUUAACCCUAAUAUUUAAAGAGGGACAACUCUAUCAGUAACAUUUUACUGUUUAACUUUUCACCAUAUUCACAACAAAAAUUAAAGGUUUGUUUUCAAACAGAGUCCCUUUAAAUACAUAAACAUUUCUUCCAAAAUACCAGUCCCUUUCCUUUAAAGUUCUCUAUAGCUUAGUUUCCACCAAGAACACAACUGUAGAUGUUACAUGCUGUAACAUAGGUGUGUAAUAAUAUGAAUGUGAACAGUUUCUUUUUAAUCCCCUAAAAAGUAUGAGGGAUGUUAUUUCUCCACUAAUGCCUGAAAAUACUGCUGUUAAGUUCUGAUGAUUGAUAUGCUGCACUCCUAAUAUCAAUGCCAUCUGCCCCUACUUUCUGUCUCAUGGUUACCACUCAUAUUCCCUUGUCUGUUUAUACCUGCAAAGGAGCAUUAGUAGCUUUCAGGAUACUCCUGGGAGGAUCCACCAAGAAAAAUACAAAUAGAAUUCAGGUUCUGUAAUUUCCCCCUCUCCCCAGUCUGUAGUGCAGAGUAGGUUAAGACAGCUCACUUUCUUAGUUGAGGAUUAAAUUCUCAUUCCAAAGUAACCAUCAGCUUACCAUGCAGUACUUGUAUACUUCUUAUUAGAAGGAACUUAGGAAAACUUCAGCUGUUAAGGACCAAAAGCCUGUGUAAUACUAUCUAACCUGUAAACAAAAGCGCGAAGCUAGCAAUGGCAUUAGAGUGGUUAAUACUCAAACCCAACACAAUCAGUGCAUUUUAGAUGUCCAUUCCAAUAGCGUCUUCGACAAACCAACACAUUUACUUUCUUCACCAACACAAAUAUAAGUGCGCCCUCCAUUAGUGUUAGUGUUUCAUGUGCAGAUCUGUUGUAUGUGACUGAAGAUACCUAGGAAUAUUGUUUUUUCCUUGUCUAAUGUCCAUUAUCUUUUUUAUUUAUUAUAACAUAGCCAGUUCUGUAUAAAAAGCAUAGUUAUCAAAUGUUUUAUAAAUGAAAUCCUUCAGACUACAGAAGGAAAAUACUUAGAAACCAUUUCCGCCCUAGGAAAUCCAGGGCAGAAAUAUUUGUAGGCUGGGACAACAUUAGUAUCAUGUUCACAUUCACUUGUCCUAUUCUUAUUCUUUGCUAGGCAUCUGCUUAUCAUUACUGAUGGAGACAGCAUACUAGAGAGAUGGCACUUUGGUCUAACCUAGUAGUUCCUAUGUUCUUACUGUGCUUCACCAGUUUAGUUUACAUUGUAAUACACAUUAAGUCUCUCUCGGCACUCUGUCAGAAACUUCAUGGGAUUUUUCUCAAAGCAGUGUAAACAACAAGAAUAGGUAAAACACAAAAGAAUGAUCCCAUCAUUUAUGUCCAAUGUGCACUACUAUAAAAGGCAUAUCUCUUUAUAAUAGAAUAGAAAUAUCAUUACUAAGAUUGCAAUAAGUCUUAUGAAAGCAUGCUUGCUUUGUAAUAUUGUAUUAAAAAUGUUUAUCUGUCCCUGAUCUCAGCAUUUUAGCAAAGUAUUUACUUCAGCAGUGUGCCCCCAAGUUUGACUGUUUACAUAAACCAAAGUUCAUCAUGAGUUUUACAGUAUAAACUGGGAAAAAGCUUUCUGAAGGAAAAAAAGAACAAUUAACUUAAGAUGAGUAACUGUUUAAAAGAUAGGCACUUCUGUUGUGUUAUGACUUCUGGCUAGAUUUUACUGCAAUCAAAAGCUACAUUUCAAAAGGCAUAGUUUUAUCGAAGAAACAGCUGUUUUGAAGUAAAGUAACCCAGGAGAGUAGCAUGUGACUAUUUUACAUACAAUAUUGAAAUAGGCCAGGAAGGAUGUCACUACUCACAUUUCUGAAAAAGUAUUUCUAUAUAAAACUUCUCCAAGUUUCCAAGCAUUAAAAGCAUUACUUUUACCUCCUAGCAUCAACAGGAAAGAAUAAUUUUAUGAAAAAAAACACCAGCCCCUUAACUUACUUCCUGUAACGCAAUAUGAAAGCGUCUCUAGAUAUCCAGGAAGGACCACGUAUACGUAAUUAGAGCCAUGAAGGAACUAUGCACUAAAUGUUUUCCUGUACUUUCCAUAAGGAUCUACAGUGAAAUCCUGGCAUUAUUUAAGUCAGCAGUAUAAUGUUUGCAUCUUCCACUGGUUCUUAACACCAGCAAAAUUAUUUCAUAUGCUUAGGAAUGUUUUGCUUUAUGCCCUUUAUUAAAAAAAAAAAAAAGGAAGGAAGGUGUGGAGUCCUUUUACUGAGAGUUUACAUUCUUACUUUUUUCAGUAUUUUAGAAUGUAAAGAAUAGUAUAUGAGCCCUAAAUGUGGAAGCAAAAAGAAAGAGAGAGAAACCAAUAUACUUCCAGCACUGUUUUCCACUGUUAUAAGAGGGAAAAAAAAUAGUAGCUGUCAAACCUGUUUCACACACACAUGCAUUUCUGAAGCAUUCUAGUUUAUGUAGAUAAUUAAAUGCCAUCAAUAUGUUAUAAGAGAUUUUUUUUUCUAAACUACUUACCUUUUUUAUUGUUAAGCCUUUUAAAUACUGAAGCUGUACAAGGUGUGGGGUGGGAUAGUUAGUUAAGCAGUGCAUUCAAAUGACUACUCUUCUAUGUUCAGAGUAAGAGAACUAUGGAGACCUGUGAAGAAUGUACAGACUUUCUGCUGAAGGACUGCACUGCAUAAAUAUUUAUUCUAGUCUUCGGAAAUAUGCUAAUCCAAGGCAAGUAAUGUUCUCUCUCUCAAAGACAAAAAAAAAUCAUAAAAAACAAUUACGAUUAUUUAAUUAGUAGUAGCAGAUUUUAAAAUGUGACAGAUGAACAUGCAUCACAGUGCCAUGUUAUCAUAACCCUGUAACAAAAGUCUCUGAACAGAAUAGACAAUUAAACCUAGAUCAUUUCCCCAUGUCAUGAAAUACUUUGGGCUGGAUCCAGAUCCCAGGGAAGUCAAUGGGGGCAAAAGCCAGCCUUUUCAAGUUCUGACUGAAAGCCCAGGCUUUAAAUAAAACAGGAGUAGUUUGCAUGCAAGUUUGUAGUUCUUGAUGACACCAAACUAAAUUUAAGUCCACAGUCCUUUUUUGAAAUCGUAUCCUCUUGAUCAACUAAAAAAACUCAUGAAUUUAAAUUUAAGCUGCAAAAAAUUGCUUAAGCAAAAUUUAAUCUUGGUCUCCUUCACAGUUACCAAAUAUAGAGAUUCAAAUAUAUUUAAUUUUUUGUUUUUAUAGGAACCUAUAAAAUCCUUGGCAGCUCUUUCUCCCGUAAGCCUUUAGUAACUUUAGUCCAGGGAAAAAAGAAAAAUCUGUAUAAACUGAAAAUGUUUGAACUGGAGUUUUUCCAAGAGUAAUAACAAGUCUUUAUCAUUUCUUAUUUCUUAAGUUUGGGAGGUAGGAGCGUGGGGAGUUGUGAGCACAUACACCAAAAGACAUGCACUGAAUCUUUAUAAAAUAUUAAAUUAACAAUAAUGCAAUCAAACAACAAGUGUUCCAGUUAACAUUUUACUCUGUUGUGCCUUCUGAUUUUACAGAUUUAUAAAUAUUUCAUUUUAAAUAUAUUUCUUUGAAAAUAAAAUUAUAUCCAAUAAAUCUAAACCUAUGACCAAGAGCAGCAGCCCCAUGCUCUGUUUAUGCUGACUUGCUAGCAUUCAGUACACACAUGUUCCAACUCUGACUUUGACACUGAUGUCUCUUGUAAUCUUUGGUAAGGCUCUGCCUUUCUAUAGCUCCCAGUUACCUUAUCUGUAAGAAUAUAGAGAAUUGUGUGUAAAUAGUCUUUGAAAACUGCUUUGGAAAUCUAUUCUUAAACAAAAUCUGAAAAUAGAAAAGUCACUAUUAAAAAGUGAGUAUGCUUGAUCCUUAUGUGAGAAAAAUCUUAUUUUUUAUCACAAAAAAAUGAUUCUUAGUAAUAAAAAAAAGCAUUUUAGUUGUUAUCAAAGCACAGAAAUGUUGUGCUUUAAUAAUGACAAUUUGCAGGGUUUUAGAUGGACACCAAUUUUUUGAAGCACUCCGAAAUGUUUUGCUGUUUAGCUUCAACAAAUGCUUCUUGUCUUUUGCAUUGCAGAUCACAGGACUGAAGAAAUCACACAAAUGUUACAUUUUCUGGAUAUGGGUGUUUUACAUCCAUCAUCCAUAGUGUACAGCACUCCAGAGGAUGUUUCUAGCCCUCUAUAAAUAAGCUUGGAUAGCCAUGGUUCUCUGAUUUACCAAUUCUGCACCCCUCCCCGCUGUACACAGAUAGCGGAAUAUGACUGGUGUUCUGCAUGCUGUUUAACGAGAGAUCCUUCCUUCCCCCUCCCAUCUUUUUGUGAAAUGUCCUUCUUCUUUGCAAACGGUAAUAAACCAAACAGAGUAAUGAAUGGGCUCCAGUAGUCCGAAAUACUACAUUGUAAAUUAACUCUUAACACCUUUAGCAUCACUUAUCAGCUAUUAGAGCACAGCAUUUCGUAGCUCUAUCUAUCUGAAGAAAACAUUUACUCAUACCACAUUAUUCCAUGUAAUAUCCUGUAGUAUUACACUGUAAUACAUGAUAGUUUUAAAACAAAUUUGUAUAUGGAAGUAGGGAAGUUGUCUCUUGUCCCUUAACAAGUGGGCUACUUCCAUGCUUUUGGAGACUUUACAAGUAACUUGGAAAGCAACAGCAAAUAUUAUUUCUGUUUACAUGCACCGAGCUUUUGCUUCAUGCAUUUUCAAAGCAGUUAUUCUGAGCACAGGAUAGGCACCAUUUUAACACCAAGAUGGCUUUUGAACAAAUUCAAGACCCCUUUAGACUUUGGCUAUAUCUUCAUGCUAAUAAUCUAUAGGUUAUCUGUAGGGUUUUUUUAAGCAGCGGGAAGGAGAAGAGGGUGGAGGGCAGUCUGUGUUUCAGAAGCAGUGCAUGUAUGAGUAAUAAGGCAGGAACGCUAACUUGAAGCUCUCUCUGCCUCUCAUAUUUUUCCUAAUAAGCCUCUUCUUUCUGUCUCCGAUUUUGUGCCAGCUCUCUGAAGAGACAGGUUAUCUAAAAACUUAUUUUCAAGUAGGUGAAAUUUCAUAGAGGUGCAAAUUAUUCUAAGGUGCUCAUAAUGGGCUUUUAAAAUGUUUUAGAUUUUUAGGGAAAAUGUAGACCUGAAAAAACACACAGUAUGCUCUCUUUUUAAAAGGAAGAUAAUCUUUCAGGGUCUUGCAGAAGAAUAUACACCCAAAGGUCAAAACUUCUGCAUUAUGACAACAUGUCUCAUUCUCUAUUUAUUUUUUCCACCCAAAAAAACUAACCUGAAUUUUGAGAUAUUAUAUCACAAUAAUGCAAGCAGAUUCAAGCUGUAGAAAAAACACUACAAUUCUCUCAGUCCCACCUAUUGUCCAUGUGUGCUAAUAAGGCUUCCUACACGUCAAAGCACAAGAUGCCCGCUACAAGAGCGUACCGGGCCAUAACAUACUUCUGGCACAAUUUGCCUUGCGGCUCUGACAUGACCACAAGUAGUUUCAGUUACAGCCCUAAAUGCUGCUCAUGGACUGGCGACAUUCAUCACUGUAGUGAGACACACUAACAGUUUGGCCCGUCUCUCCCCCUCCCCCCCCACUCCACAUAUGAAGAGUUGCACUUCAACAUGUUAAGAGUAGUGAUACAACCAGGUUGUGAAAUUAAAAAGUAUCCAGUUGCAUUUUGCUAUACAGAAGAUACAGAAGAAGAUUUGUAUCAGUGUGAUUUCUAACUUUUUAAAGUUUUUUUAACUUUUUAUUCUUACAAACCCAUUUUUACUGGUACUUUUCAACUGAUUUCUGGACUUGGGACUCUAUUAGUAUCUAACCUCUUAGUGUGUAAUACAAGAACAGAGGGGAGGACUGUAAAUAAUCAGUUACGUGUCUGUGUGCACACAAACCCCUCUCUCAAUAACACAGAAAUACUGCAAAAGUUACCUUCCUCUUGCCACUAAAACAUGCAAUGCCACAGGCUCAGACAUUACGCUCAAUAAUAUGCGUUAUAAAAGAUGUAGCAAAAUAAGCUCGUAACAGACCUUUCCAAAUAUGCUGACUACAUUAUAAAUUCUUGAGAAGUGUGGUGCAAAAUGUAACAUAAGGAGAGUUGAACUAAAGCAUUUGUUCUCAUUCGUUAGUGAGGAUACCCUGUAUAUAUCACAUUGUCAUUCCUCAGUGAGAAGGUCAUCCCAUUCAGUCACCUCUCCCCAAGUAAUAUGAAAAUACAGAAACGUGUGGGCACAAUUAUGGUGGCUAUUUACUAUGGGGCACAGACAGCAUCUUUUACUUUACAGUACUUUACUCUUUACUCAAAGGUGUUACCAGAGUUCUAAGAAAGUCUAAUAACUGCCGGUUAGCUGCGGUUAGCCAGACACAUACAGGGAUCCCACAGGACUGCAGGAAGUGGGAACAGUAUCAAAGGGCGCUAAAUGACACACCAAAAAAAAAAAAAAAGAAGAAGAAGAAAAAGAAAAAACAAAUAACCAGACUUCCCGUUGUUCAGAGCCAUCAGGGGCAAGGCAAAGACCGGGCAGGACCGCUCAAGUGAGAAAGAAAAUGCUCAGAAUAGUGAAUCAUAUUGUUACGGAUUGCAUUGACACACACACACACACA